AGGUCACCGGUGGCCCCCGGGCGAUCACUGCAGUCGACUCCCCGACUCCUGUCCCGCAUCAUCCGUAAGCCUCCUAAACAAAGACCGCCCCCCCUCAGAGCAGAUCACAAUGGCCUUCUCAGGUUUAUUGCAGGAUGCUGAGGUCGCUGCAGCCCUGGAUGCAUGCAAAGACGCCGGAUCGUUCGACCACAAGAAGUUCUUCAGUGCCUGCGGCCUGGCCCACAAGUCCGUCGAUGACUUGAAGAAGGCUUUCGCUAUCAUUGAUCAGGACAAGAGCGGCUUCAUUGAGGAGGAUGAGCUCAAGCUGUUCCUGCAGAACUUCAAGUCAGGCGCACGCACCCUGAACGACGCCGAGACCAAGGUUUUCCUCAAGGCCGGUGACACCGACGGCGAUGGCAAGAUUGGCGUUGAUGAGUUCACUGCCUUGGUUAAGGCAUAAACUGGGCCAACUGACCAACACCACCUGCUCUAAUGGAACAACAACGCCCACGUCGACCUCCCCCUUUUCAUCUGAAUAUAAAUCAUUUUUAUACAUUUGCUGAAGAGACGUUUCCUCCUACGCAACACACUGUCCACAAAGAAAAACACUGAUGAUUGUGACUGUCGUUCGGUUGUGUUCAUGUCUUAAAUAUGAAUUUUGCUUACUGUAAAAUCGAUGCACUUUCCAGAACAUACAGUAGAAAAGAAUAAAUAUUCUUUUGCUACCGUCUUAUUGGAGGUUUAUCACGUGUCUUUUCAACUCUGUGAACAUCUGAAAAGCGCUGAAUAAAAGGUGUGGACAGGAAA